ACGGAGACGAGUACAAGACAUCCUGCUUCCUGAUAACUGUUACUGAAAUCGAUUAAGGCAGAUCCGAGAGUUGAUAUCCUCGCAGCCUAUAGCCUUCGCCGCCAGUGGUGAUAUAGGAGUGGCGGUCCAACUUUCGGCAGAUGAAGAUGAACUGCCGUUGUGCUCUCCAGUUUCUGGUUCUCCUGGUUUGUCGAUAUGGGUCUGCACAAGAGGGUACCGAUGAAGGAAAACCAGCUUCUGAAGUCAUCAUCUCUUCCAAGCAUCCCGACAUUCAGAAAGCCAUGUUGAACCCCAAAUGGGAGUCCUUGAUGACCCAGUUGACCCGGAAGAUGUUACUCCAGAUUCUGGACGACCCCAAGGUCAUUCAAACCCUCCUGGAUGCCCGCCAAUCAACGCCCGAGGAGGUUCCCAGCAAACGUUACGUUGAAUCUAUUGCAAGUGACCUUAUUAAACGAUCCGACGGUACCCAACUUGAAUCUCACCCUGCAAGUCCGAACAAACGUUAUCUUGAAUCCAUUGCCGGGGAUCUUUUGAAGAGAGAUGGCGAGAAGAUGGAAAAGAGGUACCUUGAAUCCAUAGCAGGUGAUCUCCUCAAGAGGUCUGGCUCAGUUGGCACUGAAAAACGUUACCUGGAGUCGAUCGCCGGAGAUCUGUUGAAGAGGGCUGAUUCUGAAAAGGCUGACGAGAAACGUUAUCUGGAAUCCAUCGCAGGAGAUCUUCUGAAGCGUGAUGAUUCUGGUCGCAACGAAGAAAAGAGGUAUCUUGAAUCUAUCGCUGGGGAUUUACUGAAGAGGUCGCGGCUUGAGCUACAGGCCCAUAAACGUUACCUGGAAUCAAUUGCUGGGGACUUGUUGAAGAGAUCAGAGAUGGAUGACGAACCAACCAAACGUUACCUUGAAUCGAUUGCUGGGGAUUUACUGAAGAGGUCAACGGAAGAGCACAAGGUUAAGAGAUAUUUAGAGUCAAUCGCGGGUGACCUCCUGAAAAGGUCGGAAGGAACACAAGGUGAGCGCAAGCGCUAUCUGGAAUCUAUUGCGGGGGAUUUACUCAAAAGGGCUGACAUGGAAAGGGGGUAUCACAAGCGGUAUCUUGAGUCAAUUGCUGGAGAUUUACUGAAAAGAUCAAAAGAUAAGCAUGCUGAACAAAAGCGAUACCUUGAAUCAAUCGCUGGAGACCUUCUGAAAAGAUCACAGGGUGACACCUUUCCGGAACAAAAGCGAUAUCUGGAGUCCAUUGCAGGUGAUCUUCUUAAGAGAUCAGCCGUGACGGAGACGCAAAGUAAGAGAUACCUGGAAUCUAUUGCCGGGGAUUUGCUCAAAAGAUCUCAAGAAAAUAAUCUACCCAACAAACGCUAUCUCGAAUCCAUCGCUGGGGACUUACUGAAACGUAACUCUGGUGAUAAACGCCACCUUGAUUCAAUCGCAGGAGAUCUCAUUAAGAAGUGGCAUAUGGAUUCAAUUGCAAGUGAUUUGAUCAAGAAAAGUCAUCUCGAUUCAAUCGCGGGAGAUCUUUUGAAAAAGAGAAGUCUCGAUUCAAUUGCGGGGGAGUUUAUCAAGCGCAAUCUUGAUUCCAUUGCUGGAGACCUGUUCAAGAAACGCAGUCUAGAUUCUAUUGCCGGGGACCUGUUCAAGAAACGCAGCCUAGAUUCUAUUGCUGGUGACCUGUUCAAGAAACGCAGUCUUGAUUCCAUUGCCGGGGAUCUGUUCAAGAAACGCAGUCUGGAUUCGAUUGCUGGGGACCUGUUCAAGAAACGCCAUUUGGAUUCGAUUGCUGGCGAUCUUCUGAAGCGAGACGCAUCGGACAUGCCCCAUCCCCUCCACAAACGUGACGCCCCCAUUUCCACCCACAGAUCGAGACGAUCCCUUGAGGCCUACUCUCCAAAUUACUUCGGCGGACCAACAGCUCUCGACUGGGCGGCCUUUGAAAAACGUUACAUAGAUUCAAUUGCCAGUGACCUUCUGAGAAAACGGACAGCUAGCCCAGUGUUCAGACGCCUCCUUGUUCCCUACCCCUCCCAUGUGGUCAACAGGCGGAUGGUCGACAGCAUAGCGACAAACCUGAUCCGGAAGUGACGUCAUCAUGACGUCAAAUGAGUAUGAGCCCAUGUUAAAAGUUGACAUUGUAUCGGAUGGACUAUUACUGAGCGAAGAAUGUGAUAUAUUUUCACUAGGGUUGUGAAUAAGUUUAAAUAUCCAGGUUCAUGAGAUGGCGAACAAUUUACUGAACAUACGAAUAUGCACAUUUAACUGCUUGUUGGACGUGGAAUUGUCACUUCAUAUCAGUAUGUUACAUAUUUAGCAAUUGUUAGCACCGCAAUUUGCCCUACAUCAUUAAAAAUCUCAGCCUGAGUUUAUUUUUCUGGCAUAACAUGUGGAUUACACCCGGUGCACCGAUACAACCAUAUCGAUAAUUUAACGAUAACGAUUCUAACCGAUGGAAUAAGUUUAUGUUCAAAGAUUUAAGACUUCAUCAAGUUUUAUGUCCAUAGAAAUAGUAGGGAGCUUCUGAUCGAAAUGUAAACGGUAACGAUUCUAAUCGAUGGAAUAAGAAUAUGUUUUAAGAUUAAAGAUAUAUUCAAGAUUUCA